AUGGUUGAACCACGAUGUGAUGAGCUUUUCCGCGAAAUUGAAGCCAAAUUCAAAUCGUCCGAUAUCUCACCCGACAAAUGGUACCUAACAACCCUCAGUUCUAUCACCACAACCUCAGAGCCCCACAUGGCAGAACAGCUGUAUCUCUACCUGAUCAGCCAACCGACCUACUCGUCAGCCGAUGCCCAUAAAGCCCUGAUAAGAAGAAUACGAGAGGCUCUAUUCAAAGGCAUUGUAUUACUGGGACUCCCAAAGCCCACCGAAGCCCUGAUCGCUAUUAGUAGGGUGGAGGCUGAGGACGGCCUAGAUCAGACAUUCAGCCGCGAGGGUUGGAAGUGUGACGAAGAUAAUUACAACCAUGGAAUGGCAUGGCUCACGAGGCUUUAUGCACACAAUACCGAUGGUUUGUUGAGUAUUUUCAAAAGUCACCGCGAUUUUGGGUUCUGGGUUGCCAACAUCGCCUACGGUCUCCAUCUUGCAGACCGUCAAAAUUUGGAUGAUGUUGAUACCGAGCUGGUUGUACUACCCGCGGUUAUGGGCCAGAAUCUUCCACGAGAGACGUAUUGGCAUAUGAGAGGCAUCCGACGAUUAGAAGUCUCUAAGAAAGACGUGGAGAUGGUGUGUGAUUGUGUACAUCGGGUGACUCAAUUUUGUGGAACAAAGCUGGAUCGAGUCCCUGCCGCGCAGCCAGUGGAGGAAGAAUUAUAA